ACAAUAAAAAAAACUUCACUAUUUGUUUCCGGGAAAAUCAGUUUAAGACAGAAGAUUAAAUGAGAUAAGGAUGCGAUGCUGAGCUUCCAGUGUCCAUCUCCUUUCUUCUUCUCCGGCCAAAACCGGACCACCACCACUUCUUGCUCAACAGCUCCGCCUCGUGCAUCCACCGAACUAACUGCUUCUCCUUCAUCACUAAUCUCUCGCCGCCUCAUCCUUCUCCGUCACGCUCACAGUUCCUGGGACCACCUUUCCCUCAAAGACCAUGAUCGUCCUCUAACUAAGACCGGACACGCCGAUGCUGCUAAAGUUGCUCAAAUCCUCUCCUCACUUGGUUGGCUUCCCCAACUCAUCCUCUCCAGCGACGCGACUCGAACUAAGGAGACGCUGAAGUCAAUGCAAGCGCAAGUUGAUGGCUUUAUGGAGGCAAAUGUACAUUUCAUCCCAAGCUUUUACUCCAUUGCUGCUAUGGACGGCCAAACCGCCGACCAUCUUCAACACAUCAUCUCCAAAUACUCAUCCCCUGACAUCACCACUGUCAUGUGUAUGGGGCAUAAUAAGGGAUGGGAAGAAGCAGCUUCCAUGCUCUCUGGUGCUUCUGUAAAGUUGAAAACUUGCAAUGCUGCUUUGCUUCUAGCUUUUGGCAACUCCUGGGAUGAUGCUUUCUCUCUGGCUGGACCUGGUGGAUGGAAGCUUGAGGGUAUUGUGGCUCCAGAUAGCACCAUUUGUGUCUAAGAGAGUGCUUCAAGCUGGUUACUUUCUUCUCCUCUAUGCUUUGCAACUUUUUGCUACAACGCAAUGUAUAAAAGGUUGUAUAGUUUCAUCCUUUCAUGUGUCAACUAGUUAAGUUCAGCUUUUAUCUUAUGAUGAUGAUAAUAAAAAUGUCAAGGGCACAUUGCAUCUC